AAGCUUUCUUGCUUGUAUGAGCUCUGCAAAAAAAGUUUAUUUAGUGUUCCACUUUAGCUUGGUGCUUUAACUAUAGAGCUUUAAUUCAACGUGUUGAGAUCAUCGUUGUCGGUUUUUUAAGAAAUCUUAAGUGAUUAUCUUGAUGAUGCAUUCAAGCCGUGGUGUUGAUACAAGCUCUGACAGGUUUUCCAGUAGAACAUCAGUAUACAACUAUCCUGAGCAUUUGAAUCCAUUUAACGAUGAAGAUAAUCAUAGGCGUUUACGGUUUUGGAGAUCAUCAAAAUCCAAUGAAAAUUCAAAGCAAAGAAGUUUUUCUAUUGGAAACUUGCGAGACAUUUGGAAUUUUAGAUCAUUUAACUUAAAAAAAAAAUCAUCGACUUUGGGUAUUCAGAAAACAUCUGAAAGUCCCCCUGUUCUGCGGAGAAGUUUUGGACCAACUACACCGUAUUUACAUCCAGGAGAACAGACCGCUGAAAGAAGAUCUUUGCAGAAUGUGAACGUUCCCUUCAGUAUGGCAUCAAGCAAAGUAAACGGCAACCCUUACCAACGUAGCACUCAUUUUGAUAGAUGUUCAACGCCACAGCCCUAUCAUUACCAGAAAAUCAGAUCCUCGUACUCUAGUCUAUCAAGCACCAAUCCAUUUGAAAGUGAAGUUGACUCUGAUGUUAAUCUUAGUGGAUGCUCUACAGUUGGUCUUCGCCCAAAAUCUUAUCGAAAAAAAAAGAGGAAAGCCCCUUCAGUUCCGACUAAAAACAUGGUCACGGAUCCUUUAAGCGAUCCUGAAAAAAACUCAAUGGGCUCCCCUCAUAGUUCUAAUAUGGAAGCUAUGGACAUAAAGUCACUUACAAGUGAAAUAGAAAGAUUUGUACACAGAGAUGAGACUUUCAUAAAUAAAUCGCUUGCAUCGCAAUCUUUAAUAGACUCCGAAAAGGCCCUAAGUGACGCAGCGGAUAUUAGCGCAUUAAAUAUCAACGAAAAUACCAUUAAUAAUAUAUCUAAUGGAAAAAAUAUUAGUCAUGCGAAAGAAGACAUUUCUGAAGAAAUAACUGUACCAAAUAUAGAAAAUCUUAAAACCUGUGACGCUGCGGACAUUAGCGAAUUGAGCAUAAAUGAAAAUGUCAAUAAUAAUAUAUCAAAUGGAAGAAAUAUUUUGCAUGCGAAAGAAGGCAGUUCUGAAGAAAUUACUGUACCAUAUAUAGAAAAUCUUAAAACCUGUGACGCAGCGGACAUUAGCGUAUUGAGUAUCAAUGAAAAUACCAAUAAUAAUAUAUCUAAUGAAAAAAAUAUUUUUCAUGCGAAAGAAGUCAAUUCUGGUGAAAUUACUGUACCAAAUAUAGCAAAUCCUAAAACCUGUGACGCAGCGGACAUUAGCGUAUUAAGUAUCAACGAAAAUACCAAUAAUAAUAUAUCUAAUGUAACAAAUAUUUGUCAUGCGAAAGAAGACAAUUCUGAAGAAAUUACUGUACCAAAUAUAGAAAAUCGUAUGACCUGUGAUCAGAACAGUAGCUCAAUGCAAGCGACAAGUCGAAGUAAUGAAAACAAAUACAAUUAUUUGGAAAAUAAAAGUUAUACAAAUAAUAAUGUAGUUAAAAGUUCUGAAUAUUCUAACAAACCAUUAACUAUUUUUGAAAAGUCAGAGAGAGAUAUUCACCUUUCAGACAAUAAAUCAAAACCAGAAAAGGUUAAAUCGGUGAAAGAAAUUAUUGAUUCUAUAAAUCGUAGCCAAAAAUUACUUAAAGAAAGUGCAGCUAAAGGUACAAAGGUAUAUUCAACUUCUUUGUAUACUAAAAGCAGUAUAACACCAACUGAUGAUCACAACAAAAAUAAAAAUGAGAUAUUUCAAAAUACUGUUACGAUAGCAAAUUCCUCCUUUGAUAACCAUUUACAUUUACAACAAAAUGAUUUUCAUAAAAAUAAAAUAAAUAAGAUAGUCUUCGAAUGUAGAGAGUCGUCACCAACCUCAUCAAACUUAGAUUGGAAUCCUGUGCCAAAACCAAAAAGAAUAAAUAGUGAUUUGACAAUAAGGGAUAUAAAUGAUCCUUAAAAUUGCUACAAUGUUAAUAAAUAAAUAUUUACGAAGAUAAAAAAGUAGAA